UAAAGCCUCCUCCCUUUCGAGUUUGUUUGUCUAUAAAUAUAAUGCUUCUCAGACUUUCAAUCCUACACCACUGAUAACAAUAACUUGUAUACGAUUUUCACAUCUCUCCGACUUGAUUGAAAAACCAAAACAGAAGAAAAAUGUCAAAUACCAGUGAAAUCAGAGAACCUAGAAUGAUUGUUAGAAAAUUUCUUGCAAAGCCGCAACGGGAAGGUGUUGGCGCUGUCGUUCGAAGAAGCAUUGGCAGGUUCGAAUUGAAGUAUUUUGACCCGUUUCUUGUUCUGGAUGAAUUCUCAGUUUCGGCUCCAGGGGGAUUUCCUGAUCAUCCUCACAGAGGUUUUGAGACUGUUACCUAUAUGCUGCAGGGAGAAGUGACGCAUGAGGAUUUUGAAGGUCACAAAGGUACUAUUAGAGCUGGAGAUUUACAGUGGAUGACUGCUGGUAAAGGAAUUGUCCAUUCUGAAAUGCCUUCUGAACAGGGGACUCAAAAGGGUCUUCAAUUGUGGAUCAAUCUCUCUUCCAAGAACAAAAUGAUUGACCCCCGAUAUCAAGAACUGCAAAGCAAGGACAUAGUAACCGUGGCAAAAGACGGAAUCGAGGUUCGAGUUAUAGCAGGUGAAGCACUGGGAUCCCAAUCACCUGUUUACACAAGGACACCAACAAUGUACUUAGAUUUCACACUAAGACAAGGAGCUCACCUUCAACAACCAAUUCCACGGACUUGGAAUUCUUUUGUUUACGUCAUUGAAGGUGAAGGUGUAUUUGGUAACUCGAAAGCGUCACCGGUUUCAGCACACAACCUUCUUCUUUUAGGGUCUGGUGAUGGUCUAGAGGUGUGGAACCAAUCUGUGAAUCCUCUUAGAUUCAUAUUAGUUGGUGGUGAACCUUUAGGCGAACCUGUUGCGCAGUAUGGACCGUUUGUGAUGAACACUCAAGAGGAGAUUGAUCAAACCUUUUAUGAUUACCAGAAUAGCGUAAAUGGUUUCGAGAAAGCCAAAUUCUGGAAGUCACAAAGCCUGUCUGACCUUGAAAUGUAGUCCAUUUUAUCUUUUCUCAAACUGGCAACUUUUUGUACACAAGUGAAUGGAAUAUAAGGAGAUCUUUGUUUCUUAAUGUCUAGUAUCUAAUGAUUGGUCAGUAGGAUAUUGUGCUGGCCAGUUUCAAAUGUAAAUGGUCGACGUUAUCAGCCAGCAAUAAUAAAGAGGCAUCUGCAAUA